GCAAAAUGGCGGACAAAAAGACAAGGGAGGUUGUUAUUUCCACGUCUUCGUCUGCAAAGCUGUUACGAUGGCGAGUUUGUCCUGGCUCAGAAGUUAGAGAAGGGAGUGUUCUUUGUUUCUAUGAAAUUGUUGGUGGCGUGGAUCAAACUGGAUCUUUUAUAACUCAGCCGAAACUCAAAUCAGCUUUUACUGGUAAAGUCCGUAAAUUGCUGGUCGCUGAGGGAGAAAUCGUAGCAGCCAGAGCACCAGUCUUGUUGAUAGAUGAAGCAACAGAGUGUGAACAUGGGAUGGUCAUGAAGGAUUUAUGUUGUGACUGUGGUGCUGAUCUCAGAAAACUUAAUGAGGAGAAAGAUGAGCCUUCUUCCCCAACUUUGGCAUCUGUGCCAAUCAUACACAACAUCCCUGAACUAAAAGUGAGCCAAGAGAAAGCAGAAGCUUUGGGCAAAAAGGACAAGGAGCGACUCCUUCAAACUCGCAAAUUGUCCCUUGUAGUGGAUCUGGACCAGACCCUCAUUCACACAACUAUAGAGCUGAUACCUGAGGAUAUGGAGGACGUCCAUCACUUUCAACUGCCUGGUUAUCCUGCAUGGUACCACACCAAGAUCAGGCCAGGAGCUGUGAACUUCCUGAAUAGUGUAUCCAGUCUCUUUGAGCUGCACAUCUUCACCAUGGGUUCUAGAAUGUAUGCACACACUAUUGCUGGAAUGUUGGACCCUGGUGGAAAACUGUUUGCUCACAGAAUUCGCUCAAGGGACGAGUGCUUCAACCCGUUUUCCAAAUCGCGUGACUUGAGGGCACUAUUUCCUAGCGGUGAUAACAUGGUUUGCUUAAUAGAUGAUCGGGAAGAUGUUUGGAAUUUUGCCGCAAACUUGAUUCGCGUUAAACCUUACCAGUUUUUUAAAGGAGUAGGGGAUAUUAAUGCCCCACCUGGGGGAUCUGUUCCAGUCACAGAAGAUAUCAAUCCCCCCGGAAAUCCUGGUGAUCAAAUUGAAACUACGGAGGGUGAUGCGAAAGUCGAAGAGUCGAAUUCUCGGGAGGACAACGAAGGUGAUGUUACUGAGCAGAAGAAAAAUGAUGCAGUGUUUGACGACAAUGGAGAGACUAAACAAAAAGUUGCCAAUGUGGAGACAAAGGAAAUUCACGAAUUAGUUGAAGAUGUGCAAAUUUCCACGGAUAGCAAUGAGCCUGAUGUCGAAGAGAAGGAACAGAGCAAAAUUGAAAAGGCAAAGAUCACUGAAAAAGCAGUUAAAGAAAGAGAGACAUCAUUGAGAGUAGUGGAAAACGGAGGAGGUGAUAGUGCAAGCAAUGAAACUGUAAAAGAUGAGUCAACCGAAAUCCAAACUUCGAGUGAAAAUACGAGAAACGGAAAACACGACACCGAUAGAAAGGCUCAAGAUGAUUCAGAGCAGCAACCAUCUGAUGAAAGUGUUAGCACGUCAAGUAAAACUUUAUUGAAAAGUGAAGGAGACCAAACAAAAAUCAAGAAAUCAAGGCAGCAAGUCUACGAGUUUGGUGAUGGGGACGACGAUUACCUCCUGCACCUGGAAGACAUUUUACGUCGUAUACAUGAUGCAUAUUACAAAACUGUAGAAAGCAUUCAAUCGCAGGCUCCGGAGGAGGUCAAAAACAAUCCUAACAUCGUAAAAUAUUGUACUCCAGGAACAUUGACACCGGAUACCAAGCUGAUAGUGACCGAACUACGCCGAGAUGUACUUCGUGGAGCUAAUGUAGUCUUUACUGGAGUAAUUCCUACAUCGACGAAACAAGAAGACAGUCAACCGUGGCGCGUUGCAUGCGCCCUGGGUGCUAGAGUUAAUAAUGUGAUUAUUACACCCAAAGAUACAAACUGUGAUAGUGACGUAACCACUCACGUGAUCGCGGGUCGGUUAGGGACGGAGAAAUCGUACCGAGCGGUAAAAUCCCGCGGGGUAAAGCUAGUGAAUCCAGGUUGGUUAUUCUGCUGUUUUGAACGAUGGGAGAAGGUGGAUGAGCGUUUAUUUCCAGUCGAAGGCUUGGAGAAAUACAAGCAACAGGUUCGGGAUCAUAGCACACCUCGCGGGACUCCUGGGGAAACUACAGACUCGAGUGCGGUUGAAAAAGUGAUUUUGGACUUGAAUGUUUUUGAUAAGGAAAAUGUGGCCGCCAAAUCAAGAUCUGAUUCGGCAAGUAGUGCAGAUCUUCUUAUGUCUACCUUGAACCCAUUAUUAUCGUUUUCGCCUUCGGAGGUUGAAGCUAUGGACAAAGAAGUGGAGGAUCUUAUGAACGACAGCGACGGGGAAAGCGAUUUGAUAGGAAGUGUGUCAGAAUCGAGCAGUUCUCCUGAUCCCGAAAAAUCAGAAUCAACGAGUAAGCGAAAGCGAGAGAACGAAAGAGACUCCCAGGAGGAUGAGAAUGAGUUGGCAAGCAAGAAAGUGAAACUUGAUGAUGAUGAUGACGACAAACAAGACGAAGGCGAUGAAAAAAUAGAUUGUGAUGAACUUUCGCGCAGCCCUGAUUCUGACGAUCAUUACACUCGCCGCUCUACACCAAGUGACGAUGAAGAUGAUGGUGAUGAUGAUGAUGAUGAUGAUGAUGAUGAUAUGGCGGCUAUGUUAGAUGCGGAGCUGUCUCAUUCGGAAGCCGCAGGUUUCGCCCAUGAAGCAUUUCGCCCAGACCUAAACGCGUUUCGCUCAAACCUAGACCCAGACCAUAAUUGAAAGAACUACGUGCCCAGAUUAGGAAUCUCUGAUCCGACUAGAAUUAUUUCCGACAAGACACGUCGAGAGUCGAGAUUCGUAAGAAAUACUUAAGCUUAUAUACUUUGCCUCGAUUAUUGCCUCGAACCAAACCAGACCAAGCUUUUUAUCCACUGAAGUAAACUCAAACAUAUUUGAUUGUCUGAGUUGACAGCAUCUCCAAGUGAGAAAAAAAAUGCCUGUUGAAGUUGCAAGCACGAACCGAACCGAACCGGCUCAAAUUCAAAAUAGACGACCGAAACUCCAUCCCAGGCUCUUGGCUGUUGCUUGGUAACGAACACGAACGAUUUCUUCUCCUUGCAAGUGCAAAGCGCUAGCAAAGGCAAAAUUUCUUGAAAACAAAAACAUUAUCAGACUGUAAGACAAGUAAGUUAAAUGUUUGAUUUGAAAAAAAAUACAUUCCCUUUUUUUGUGGAUUUAAUUAGCGAUUCACGUUCACUUUAUUUUGUUCUUUCUAUAAAUUGUUUGUGAAACCAUUUUCGUUCUGGGCGAAACGAUAUGGGCGAAACUCGUUACUUCUA